AGGCUGCAGCGGCGGCGGCGGCGGCAGUAGCGGCAGCGGCGACGGCGGCGGCGGCAGCGCUCCAACUCGCUCCUCGCUCCGGGCUCCGCCGUCGAGCCGGGGAGAGAGCCUCCGCCAGCGGCCAGGCACCGGGCCGGACGACGCCAGCGAUCCGGGCCACUCGGCGGCACUGCGUUCACCCAGGGGCGGCACAGGCACCCAGAGCCGAACUCCAAGAUGGGAGGCAAGCUGAGCAAGAAGAAGAAGGGGUACAAUGUGAAUGAUGAGAAGGCCAAGGACAAAGACAAGAAGGCCGAAGGAGCAGGGACAGAAGAGGAGGGAACCCCGAAGGAGAAUGAGACCCAGGCGGCUGCGGAGACCACAGAGGUGAAGGAGGGCAAGGAGGAGAAGCCGGAGAAGGAUGCUCAAGAUGCUGCCAACAAGCCUGAAGACAAGGAAGGCGAGAAAGACGCAGACGCAGCCAAGGAAGAUGCCCCGAAGGCAGAGCCGGAGCAGACGGAGGGAGCGGCCGAGGGGAAGCCAGAACCCCCGAAGGAUGCAAAGGAUGGGGAGCAGGAGCAGGCGGCUGCCUCGGGUCCUGCAGCGGGUGGCGAUGCCCCCAAGGCAUCGGAGGCCGAGGCCCCUGCGGAGCCGGCCCCCACCAAGGUGGAUGACAAGAGCAAGGAGGGAGGGGAACCCACAAAGACUGAGGCUCCCGCAGCUCCUGCCGCGCAGGAAACGAAAAGUGACGGGGCCCCGGCUUCAGACUCAAAACCCAGCAGCACUGAGGCUGCCGCAUCCUCCAAGGAGACCCCAGCAGCGACGGAAGCACCCAGUUCCACGCCCAAGGCCCAGGCCCCCGCAGCCCCCGCAGACGAAGUUAAACCUGCCGAGGCCCCGGCAGCUAAUUCGGAUCAAACCGUAGCAGUCAAAGAGUAACAAGGACAGCCUAUGGAAAAAAGAAUAGCGCUUAAAAACAACCUGUCUCUCUCUGUCUCUCUCUCUCUCUGUCUCUCUCUCUCCUACACUAACUUGUUUCAAAUUGGAAGUAAUGAUAUGUAUGGCCCAAGAGAAAAAAAAAGGAUGUUGUCCCAUCAAGGGAGGGAGGGGGUGGGGAGAAUCCAAAUAGUAUUUUUGUGGGGAAAUAUCUAAUAUACCUUCAACUUUACCAAUCGGUCCUGGAUUUUAAAGAUCAAUGUCUGAAAGUGGAGUACAUCUUUUGUACCCGAACUGCUGUUACAUGCACUCCGCCGCUAAGAUCUGAAUAUCUUGUCUUCUGCAAGGGGAGUUGGGAGUGAUGGUUUGAUUCUGCCCACGGGGCCUGUGCCAAGGCAAUCAGAUCUUUAUGAAAGCAGUAUUUUCUGUGUUUUCUUUUUAAUUUACAGCCUUUCUUAUUUUGAUAUUUUUUUAAUGUUGUGGAUGAAUGCCGACUUUCAGACAGCCCACUUAGCCUAUCCACAUGUAUCUCGAUGCCAAUACUCCAUUCUUCCUCCCCAGGUAUUUUUGGGAGUAACAAACAUUCUCUCAUCCUACUUAGCCUCCCUAGAUUUCUCAUGACGAGUUAAUGCAUGUCCGUGGUUGGGUGCACCUGUAGUUCUGUUUAUUGGUCAGUGGAAAUGAAAAAAAAAAAAAAAAAGUCUGCGUUCAUUGCAGUUCCAGUUUCUCUUCCAUUCUGUGUCACAGACACCAACACACCACUCAUUGGAAAAUGGAAAAAAAAUAAAAAUAAAAAAACAAAAAAAAUGUACAAUGGAUGCAUUGAAAUUAUAUGUAAUUGUAUAAAUGGUGCAACAGUAAUAAAGUUAAACAAUUAAAAAGAA